AUGACCGAGAUGAAGAAGGAGUUUUCUGCCCUGCAGAAGACCAACAAAGGUCUUCAACUAAAAAUGAAGAAGCUGGAAGAGCAGGCCGAGGCUGCAACUAAGGCGCAACAGAUAGCCGAGGAAAAAGCUGAAUCAGCCGAGGCCAUAAGGAAGGUUGCUGAAGCCGACAAGAUAGAGGCCGAGGAUAGAAAGGCCCAAGCCAAAAAGGAACUGCAGGAGGCCCUGGCCACCAAGGAUGUUGAAAUCAAGGAGGCUGAUGAAAAGGCAUACGCCCAGGGUAUGGCUGACGUUACUGAAGAAUACAAACUUCAGGUCAGAAAACUUGAUCUUCCUACUGAUUCACCCUUCCGCAAUGCCGAUGCUAUCCCUCUUCCCUUCCCACCACCUCCACCUCCAAGUCAACCUGAGGAUGCUUCUGAAUCUGAGGAUAAAGAUGAAGGUGAGGACGAGGAUGAGGCUGAAAUUUUGGUAAGGAAACCCAGGGAGGCUGCUGGGGCUAAGUCUCCUUCUCUGAAUGAGCAGGUCUUGGACCUGACUCAAGAUGAAGAUGGUGAUGCAGUUGCCAAGGAAUUUACCCCGGAGCAGGGUUCGUCCGACGUUCCUCAGGUCAACAAGAGUAUUGACGAAACCCUUGCCGAGAUUGAUGCCGAAAUUGCUGUAGAUAAGGAAGCCGAGGUAUCUCUUCAGGAGACCUCUGAAGUUCAAAUCCAACCAGAUGCUGAUGUUGAAAAGUUUUAA